AUGAAUCAUUGCCCAGAAGAGCCGAACCCACGGAUUCCCGGCAGGUUUGUGCCAAGUGUAGGGAUUGGAGGCCACUUCAGUGGAGGAGGUUUUGGGACCAUGUUGAGGAAACAUGGCCUCGCAGCUGAUAAUAUUAUUGAUGCUUAUUUGAUUGACUUCUAUGGAAGAACACUUGACAGAGAAGCAAUGGGUGAGGAUCUCUUUUGGGCAAUCAGGGGAGGUGGUGGAGCCAGCUUUGGAGUCAUCGUCUCAUGGAAGAUCAAGCUGGUCCGUGUCCCACCCAUAGUGACGGUUUUCAACAUCGACAAGAAGCUAGAAGAAGGCGCCACCAAGCUCGUGCAUCGCUGGCAGUACGUUUUGGAUAAAUUCCCAGAAGACCUCUUUGUCAGAAUCAUCAUCCAAAACGAGGCUGGUGACAAUCAAGACAAAUGCUGA